UUUUUAUUUUUUUUUUAGAUACGCCCAAAAAUUCAUAGAUCUCAAUAUUAUCGAAUCAUUCUAUGGACAACUUGUCUCUUGCUUACUUUCAUUUUCUCCCUGGUUGUCCGAAUUACCUCGGAGGUCAGGAGACUAGAAGAUCUGUGGUAGAUUGAGGUGGUGUGAUAAUUUCUUAGCUUCAAUGUUAUUGGUACAUACAACCAGAACUUGAUUGAAAAUAAGCAUGAUCCUAUUUCGAAAAGUGCAGCGCAUUUCACUGAUUAAUUGCCGACUUCAGCAUACAGUUCCCAACAAGCCGACACCUCAAGUAAUUCAAAAACGCCGAAGUAAACAUCUAAUAUUACGAACCGUUCAACCUUCGCCAAGGAAAUCACAUGACCUCGUCUUGCUCUUUGAAUGGUUAUAUCCAAAUCCCAAAGCCCUUGACAAGUACUGCAUGUUAUAUCAUGAACUUGGAUUGAAUGUUUUGACCAUUCAUGGACAACUGCAUCAUUUUUUAUGGCCACCAGAGUCGGCCAAAUUAUCUAAGGAGUUAUUGACGUACCUGAAAAACGAAAGGAACUCAAAAGAGGAGCAGUACAUUGUCCACGCUUUUUCCGUUGGUGCUUACAAUUUUACUACGUGUUCAAUGCAAGCUAGUAAUCAAGAUGGUGAGUAUGGAUUUUUCAGAGACAAUAUCCGUGCUCAGAUAUUUGACAGCGUUGUCGCCGGAAGUUAUGGUCAUAUGUCGACCGGUAUUGGUGAAGCUCUCUCUCUGCCCCGCGUUUUAAGGAAGCCAUUAACGGCGACCAUGGACACUUUUCAUAAAUUCACAAAGAAACAGACGACAGAAAUUUAUGAUGGGAUGAUUGAUCACUUUUGGAACUGUCCGGUUAAAGUUCCAACUUUGGUAAUUUAUUCGGAAAACGAUCCAAUGUGUGAUCCUGUUUACAUGAAGAGGAUGCUGACAAAAUGGCAGACGGACUCUUCAGACUGGGACGUCAUCUCCCUUUCUUGGAAGAAGUCUGUACACACGGCUCACCUUAAGGUUCAUCCACAUGACUAUGUGACACAGUGGGGACAGUUAAUGAGUAAACUAGGUUACUGUGAUGAGUCUUUUUUAUCAUAAAAUUUGAACACGGCAUCGAAUAAAUCCGCUAAAUUCGACUGCAAUAUUCCACAAGUUCUCGUGAAAAUCAAAGAUGCCAUCAAAUAAGUUUUAAAAAAAACUUCAAUACAACUUCUGUCACAGGUGACUUUCAUUUCACUGGUGGAAAAAAAAAUGUAUGGGAAUGGGUUUUAAAAUUAUACCUUCAAAAGGUCAUUCUUUACAAACUGAUUUCGACUGCGAAUUACUCCGUUUACACGAGAAAUAUAUAUAAAGGGCUCACAGCCGGUGUGACCGGUCAACAGGGGAUGUUUACUCCUCCUAAGCACCCUAUUCCAGCUGUGGUGUUUCCAAGGGUCCGUGAUUGCCCUACUCUCUAGUAUUCAUUAUAGGAUUGUGAAAUUGAUCACUGUUGUCUUCACCUUUUCAUUCACAAAAAGUUCAGGAAUAUUGUUGUCGAAUUUCGGAGAACGUGUUCUUUUUAAUAUCAAUAUCAUUAUUUUUAUAGCAUUGGACUGUACAAAUGACUAUUUAGGCAUUAUAUGUAUUUUGAAAAGGAAGUAUGAGCAGAUAAAAAUGCUGUUAUAAUAAAUACACUGUUGUAAAAUCAUACAAUAUAUAAUGGGCAUUAACAACCAGUUUUUCUUCGCACUUAAUUCGCACCUAUUGCAGUCGGUUGUCGUCCGUCGUGCGUUAACAACUGAACAUUUUUAACUUCUUCUUGAUAACUACUAGUCCAAUUCUUUUCAAAUUUGGUAUGAAGCAUCUUUGGGACAAGGGAGACAUAAAUUGUAAAUUACAGGUCUUCAGUUUUAGGGGCGGGGCAAAAACUGCCUAAAAUUGACCAAUUUUCUAAACUCUUAGAGCAGGAAGGCCUAUACCAAAAUUGUAAAUUUCAUGAUCCCCGGGGUAGGGGUUCUGACCCCAGGGCGGGGUCAAACUUGGUAUAUAGUGUUUAUGUGUAAAACACUUAAAUAACAUCUUCUUUACUGCUUUUGAUACUAUAUUGAAACUAAAUAAAUAUUUAGAAAGAGCAGGUAGUCCUUUAACAAAAUUGUAAAUUUGAUGAUCCCAGGGGUAGGGGUUUUGGUAUCAGGGUGGGGCCAAAAUGGUCAGUUAUUAAAUGUGUGAACAAUAGGUUUAACUUCUUGAUAACUAUCAUUUCAAUUCUUUUCAUAUUUGGUAUGAAGCAUCUUUGGAACAAGGGGGACAUAAAUAGUUAAUUUCAGGAUUCCUGGGGCCUUAGGGGAGGGGCAAAAACUGCCUCAAAUUGACCAAUUUUCAAAAAUCUUCUCAAGAACUGCACACGUGUAAGAAAAACUAAAUGCAUAGCGAUGUAGAGCAGGAAGGCCUCUACCAAAACUGUAAUUUUCAUGAUCCCUGGGGUAGGGAUUCUGAUCCCAGGGUGGGGCCAAACUUAGUCUAUACAUGUAGUAUUUAUGUAUAAAACACUUAAAUAACAUCUUCUUUAGUGUUAUUGAUAUUAAAAUGAAACUAAAUGGAUAAUAAAUUAUUUAGAAGGAGUAGGUAGUCCUUUACCAUAAUUGUAACUCAUGAUCCUAGGGAGUAAGGGUUUGGUUUCAGGGUGGUGUCAAAAUCAUCAUAAUAAUUUGAAGGACUUCUUUAAGUUUGCUGAUAAUAUAAAAUCUAAAUGCAUAUCUAGGAAUAGCAGAAACAGAUGUACAAAAAUGAUGAAUUUCACAACCCAUUGUUUUGACUCUUAAGAUGGGUCCCAAUUAGUCAUAUUGUUUAAUGUUAAUACAUAUAUCAUAUUAUGUAAAGACUUUCAUCAGUAUUGUACUUUUGAGGGCUUUGGAGUUUUAAGAGCGCAUGUUGUUUUAUACUGUUGCUGAAUAUUAGAAUUUAGCUUAGAUAUUCAGAGCAGAAAUUUUUAUUUCUAGAUUCCUUAGCCCUUGAAAGUAAUACCUUUAACUAGUACUCAGGUGACCGAUAAGGCCUGUGGGCCUCUUGUUAUAUGUAGUAUGAAAUGAUAAGUAUAUAUAAUGGAAUGUGUAUACCUUAAAACAAGUCUAAAUAUUUUGGAAUUUGUUGCAUGAAAUAUUAAGAGAGAGAGAGAGAGUGUGUGUGUGUGUGCGUGUGUGUGUGUGUUUUUAAGUGUAUAUGCUAAAGAGUUUUUUAAUUAUUUCAAAAUUUCCAAACACAUGGAAUCUGGUCUAUAAUGUAUAUAAUGCAAAUAAACAUACUGUGUAAACCUGUC